AAGGGCACGUUGUUUUUAAUAUAUUUCCGCGAAAUAUUAUCUAAUACUAACUUAACAGCCUUAACACAAAGCGCAAACAUGUUAUUUUUGAGUGCUUGCUGGUUAAUAGCGAUGUUUGCCAUCAUUUUGGGAUACAUUUUGGUGUUGUCAAAAUCUAUUUUGAUUCCGACUCUUUAUCUCUUUGGAAAAGGCCGUGGAUUAACAGGUUAUGGAUUACACCAAGAUGAACAUUCAUUUUAUCUUGUACCAAAAAGGUGGUUCAGUCAUUUUUAUUUUUGUGGGAUAGUAUGUAACAGUUUAGUGAUGUUGGCAACCAUUUAUACAUAUCUGUAUAGUGGAACCUGGCCAUCAGCUAUUAAAUAUAUCAUGGACAUGUUAGGACAUUCUGAAUCAGGUCAGAUUUCUCCAUUAUCAGUAUUAUUAGCGGUAACCAUGAUAGAGGUACAAGUAGUCCGAAGGUUUAUAGAAUGUGUCUAUGUCAGCAGUUACUCACGCAGUACGAUGAGCUUGGUCAUAUACAUUGUUGGUUUAAUGUUCUAUGCUUUUGUUGGUAUUUCUGUAUUGUGUCAGGCACCAGAAACUAAGAUAAAGCUUGAUACUUUACCUGUACAGUGGUUUGACACUUUGGCUGUUGCCAUAUUUAUCUGGGCAAGUUAUAAACAGAAUAGAAUCAAUAAGAUAUUUGCCAAAUUGAGACAGGACAAAAGUGGUCAUGUGGAAGAUCAUGCCCAUCACAUACCUCAUGGAGAUUUAUUCAGACUGGUUUCCUGUCCACAUUACCUCUUGGAAAUUAUCAUUUACACCUCACUGAACAUAUUAUUCCUUGGUCAACACGAGAUUAUACUAUAUGCAUGGGCAUUUGUUGUAUGCAAUCAGGUCAUUUCUGCUAUCAUAACUCAUUCAUGGUACAAGGAACACUUCCCAAGUUAUCCACCAAAAAGAAAAGCAUUAGUUCCUUACAUUUUUUAAUUUCAAUUUUACUCAUUUAAUCUAAUUGUUUUCUUUACAAUACUAGUGUUAUCAAAUUAUGCCUGGGUAAAGAACAUUCCUGAUGUUCCUCAAUCCCAAUAUAUAUGAUGAGUUUAUGUACAUAAUUAUUUGUUUACCAUUUUCCUAUUUGAAAUUUGGUUGCAUUAUAACACAUUUUGAUGUUUAGGGUUCAAUUUAGAAAACAUAAUUUAGCUGUCUAAGUAUAUGUAUUUCUUAUUUAGUAUGUUUGUUUAGACAUUCGGAAAUAGAUUCUCAUUAUGUGUGAUAACAGGGGAUAUUUUUUUAUUUCUGUUAAGUUUCGUUUAAUGCAUUUGAUCAUUUUGAACAAUUAUCUGAUAAACUUUGCCUGGGGGAGUUACUACCUUAGCUUUAGUUCAGAUGCAACAUUAUGUGAAUUGAACAUUUAUAGACAACAUUUAUCAUUUCAGACGCAUUAAAUUCAUAAUAGGUUAUU